AUGACGGUGACCACAGAGCUGCAAGGGGAGACGCCCGCUCAACAAAGCAGGCGACUGGGAAAAGCCCGUGAGAGGUUGCUGGAGGCGACGGGCGACUACGCUUUCCCUCCAGGCGAACAGCUGGAUGAGAUGACCGGCCUUCGGAAGCAAACCAGGGUCAGGGAUCUCCAGUUCAAGGUUGCCGAGCCAGAGGUGCGAUACGACCCAGUUCGUAUGGAGGAACAGCUCUUCAAGCAGCCCGUCAAGUGGCUCGUGAGAAACGUCGAGCUCUUCGUACCGCUUGGGACGUUCGUGGCUAAGGUCCUGUUUGACAUUCAGUCUGGCGUGGAAUUGAAGAACCGUAAGAAGCGGGCGGGGGAGCUGCUGGACAUCAUCGGCCGGCUUGGGCCUGCCAUCAUUAAGGCCGGCCAGGCGCUGUCCUCCAGACCUGACCUGCUUCCCAAGGAGUACCUCGAUGAGCUCCAGAAACUGCAGGACCGUGUUCCGGCAUUUAGCAACAAGGAGGCCUUUGCGGUGGUGGAGUUGGAGCUCGGGGUGCCCUUCGAGGACGUGUACGAGCUGGUUGAGCCGGAGCCGAUCGCGGCGGCGUCUAUCGGGCAGGUGUACAAAGCCCGGCUUCGCGUUAACGGAAACCUUGUCGCGAUCAAGGUCCAGAGGCCGAACUGCGAGUCUACUAUCUCCCUCGACCUCUACGUGCUGCGUUUCUACGCAGGGUUCUUGACCAAGGCGCUUAAGGUCUUGAAGCGAGAGGUGGACCUGACCAACAUCAUCGACGACUUCGGGGAGUUGAUCUACAGGGAGAUUGACUACCGUGCGGAGAUGGUUAACUGCCAGCGGUUCGCGGAGCUGUACGCGAACAUCCCCGAUGUUUUUGUGCCUAAGGUAUACGCGGAACUGACGUCUCGAGAAGUGAUGACAAUGGAGUGGGUGGAGGGGGCACGACUGUCAGACCGGGUUAUGCUCGACAAGUACGGUCUGGAGCCAGCGAGACUCGUUGACACGAUGGUGCAAUGCUCCCUGAGGCAGAUGCUGGAGAACGGUUUCUUCCACGCGGACCCUCACGCCGGAAACCUUCUGGCGCUACCAGACGGCAAGCUUUGCUACUUGGACUUCGGCAUGGUUAGCUACGUGGAAGCGGGACAGCGGUACGGGAUAAUCGAGGCGGUGAUUCACCUGGUUAACCGCGACUUCGUGGCGCUGGCCGACCUUUACAAGCGCUUGGGAUUCAUCCCGCAGGAUCAGGAUACGGCCCCGAUCGUUGCAGCGUUGGCGAAAGCUCUGCCGGACGUUCUGAACGCUUCGGUGUCGGAGUUGAACUUCAAGAACGUGAUCAACCAGCUCGGGGAUGUCAUGUACACGUUCCCCUUCUCGCUGCCGCCUUAUUACAUUGCCAUCAUCCGCUGCCUGGGGGUGCUUGAGGGAGUUGCGCUACAGGUGGACCGCGAGUCACGCAUCCUCUCGGAAGCUUACCCGUACAUCGCGAGCCGGUUGCUGACCGACUCGUCUCCGGAGCUGCAGGAUGCUUUACAACAGCUCCUAUUCAGGGACGGAAAGCCGAGGUGGGAACGGUUCGAAGAGCUGUUGGAAGAGGCGCGCAGCACUCGCGACUAUGACGUGACGCUUGCCAUCAACCAGAUGGUAGACUACCUCCUCAGCGAGAACGGGGCACAGAUCAGGCAGCAGCUGUCUGUGCAACUGGUUGAUCAAGUGGACCAGCUCGGUGUCGACGCAAUCACGUUCGCUAGAAAGAACGUGGGCCAGAUCAACGCGGGGAAGAUCCCCGGGUUCCUGUCUGGAGACCGUCAGGUGCUAGACGACCUGAUGGCCAACAAGGACAUGACGCCUGCCAUGGCCUCCACCGCUCGCGUGGUCAACCUCCUCACCAGUAGCGCAGGGUUCGACGCUGGAAAGAUUAUCCCGCUAUUGCGGCGACUACUGAGGGAGCCAGAAGCCCAAGAGCUCACCGUCCAGCUUGCAUCCAACCUUUCGGAGCGCGCUGUGACUCGUACCAUCCGCGCCAUCUUCAACGUCAAGCAGCCCAAAUACGACGACACCCCGCCGCCGCCGCCGCCGCCGCCGCCUCCAGCAGCCCCGGCAGCAGAAACAUCGGCACCCGUCCCUGCCCGCCGGUAGCCGUUUUUGUACUACGCUACUACACGCUACUACCACGUACAAUGCCAUUUGAUUCGGGCCAGACCUGCUAUCCGUGCCUUGGAAGAGCAAACGGGCGAUUUCACUUGACAUGCCUUCACAUCGCUCGACUCGGACGGCCGACCCGUGGUCAAGACUGCACUAUAUACUACUGGUACUAGAUAGUGGGUUCGAUUCUUUCUAGGGACGGUGACAAAUUUGCCAUCUAGAGAAUGGUUUGCUUGUGAAUGUACACCGUACGUGGGGAGGGACUGCUGAACGUGCCCUUCGUGCUUCUGGCGUUAACACCGAAGGCGAGAGCACCGUAACGCAGGGGUAACAUGGGACAGUAGAUACUCCAUGUUGUUUUUUGUCCCUGUGUUAGUUGUCUUGCUCUUGUGUGACUCACCUCGCCUAUUGUACUGCUUUGAGUAUUGGCGCGCCUAUUGGAAACUGAAAGUCAAACAUGUUUCGAACGUGUGAUAGACUGGCACCAGAACAGACGAGAGGAAAGAGGAAAGUACUACCGACAAAAACACUCGGUCACACACACACUCACGGCGGAGAUGGAUUGACUUCAAUAGUGCAAUGGUGCAAACCUUGGCCGCGCUGUGAUAGUUGUAGAUCCAGCGCGCGUUGAUGCGUGCAUUUCCUAAAUCGUGUGGAAGUAUGCUUGGUGGGGGUCGCACGGCCUCAAAACCAACAAAUUACUGUGUACCCAGCGAGGGUAACUUCGUUGCCAAACUUGAAGUCUUGAUGUCCCCUGGGGGCAAAGUGUUGAGGUGGUGUAGGCGGUCGCCGAACCGGGGUUGGGGGGGGACGGGUGAGGUCCGGGACCAGAUUCGCUCGUUGUCGACGAUCUUGACGUAUGGACGAGUGCUCGGAGAAAUAUGAGGUAGAUGGGUUCAGCCAGUACAGGUUUUAAGCCCACCAGGGCCUAGAGGCGACUUAUGUAGAGACAGGGACAAGGGGUGGCCACCCAUGGUACAGUAGUAGCAAAGGCUAUGUUGUGGAAUGUUUUGGGAACGUCGAGGCCUGUUGGCGGUAUCGUGUCCAGUUCAGUUGACGUUGUCCUACAGCAGGAGUGCGAGGAACAGAUAUUGUAGCUUGCUGCGGUUUUGACUUUUGAGCGUCUUGUGUUUCUUUCACCCAAUAACUAGUGUGGCAGCGCUCUGCCGAGGCUUGGACAGGUCAUGUACAGCGGUAGACUUGAGUACAGUAUCGGCAAUGGCGGAGGUACAAUGUAUUUGUGAAAUGGGUGGUUGGUGUGAUUUUUGCUCAAAGUGAGCGUGAUGAGUGAUACGUGUUGACGGUACGCAGGCAUCGUGGGCCUGAAGGAAAUGAAAUUGAAAUGUUUUUCGACAAGUAACACAUUGUGCAAAGGGGAAAGGUGUGUGCUUCGAAUAGCGAGUAACUUGCGCCA